AUGGAGAAUUACCACCGGAAAGUGCUCGUCACUCGACGUUCACUGAAGUACACAUACUAUGUAUCACACUCCGGCAAAUCCACCAAGCAGUACCCCACCUUGCUAUUCUUGCACGGGUUUCCCGACUCGGCUCAUUUGUGGUCUGCAGUGAUUGCAUUUCUUGGAAACUUGCCUAACAAAAUCAUCAUCCCUGAUUGCUUAGGCUAUGCUGGCACCGAGAAGCCAGAGGAUACAAAAUUGUAUACAUAUGACGGCCAGGCAGAUGACUUAGCCGACAUUAUUGAUGAGGAAAACGCUGAAUUUACCGUCAUUGUCGGUCAUGACUGGGGAAGUGCACUCGCACAACGCACCUAUUUUCACAAGCGGCAGCUCUUCAUAGGCAUGGUCCUCCUUAAUGUUGCAUACUUUGUUCCCUCAGACAAGCCGUUUGAUCUGGCUGCCACCAACAAGCUUACCGAAAAAGUAUCAGGCUAUCAACAACUGGCUUACUGGGAGUUCUUUACAUCCCCGGACUGUCCGGACAUUGUAAACAGAAACCUAGGGAGAAUGUGGCAAGCCCUGCACGGUGACGUUGAAGAUUGGAUGCAAAAGCUUUUCUGUGUCCCUGGUGCUUUUCGCAACUUCUUGCUUGGCAACGAGGAUGUGCCUCUGAAAGAAUAUGCGAAGCAGCCUCAGUGGAUUGAUAAAUUCAUGCAACAAUUUGAAAACGGUGAUUUUGCCCCAAGCUUGAAUAUGUAUAAAGCUGCAUUGUCCAACCUCCAAUUCCAGUCAGACUUGACUAUUCCCAGGGAGCAUUUGACGAUUGAGGUGCCACUUCUGUUCAUCGCCUGCUCAAGAGAUGCCGUCUGCUUGAAAGAGGGUAUGGGACCAGCAAAAAAGCAAGGCCUGGUUCCGAACUUUAAGGAGGUGGUUAUCGACUCCGCUCACUGGUCUCCCAUGGAGAAGCCCGAAGAAAUCGCACUGCACAUCAAGGAUUUUUUACUUGGUAUAGACCUAGGUCGCUAG